UUCUCACAUCUCACCCAAACUUGUCAAAGAGGGACCUCUCCAUCAGACAGACAACCUAACCUCAGGAUUCCUUCUCCAUGCCCUCCUACUUCUACUGUCACCUUGGUACUGUAUCUUUACAUUCAUUACCUUUAGGAUGUACUCUGUUGUCAGGACCUUGCCUCAACGUUCACUUCACCUGGGAAGUCCCUGAUGUCCCCAGCCUGUCUUGCAGAAGGAGAUUCCAGAACUGGGAGACAGAGAAGUGGAUGUGUUGGUGCCAUCCAGGUUUGUCAGUCAUUUUUACAACUUAAAGUGCAACUCAAGUCCGAAUCCAGCAGACUAAAAGUCACAAGGACACUACUGUAACCGCGACUCUUUAUCAUCGAACUCAUGAAACCUCAAGAGCAGGUGACAGACCUGUCAUACUAAUGGGCCUGUUCAGAAGCUCUCAGGCAGACAAUGAGAAAGGUGUGGCUGGCUGUGGUGGUUCUUCUGAUACACUUCACUGAGCUGAGAGGAUCUAUGGGCCUGGAUGGAAGAUGCCUGUCUAAGCCCACCUGCACUGAGUGUCUGAGAAGCCUUGGCUGUGCCUGGUGUAAACAGAAGGAUUUCCUGGCGCAAGGGGAGCCAGACGAGCGUCGCUGUGACAGGGAGGAGGCACUGAGAAAGAGACACUGCUCUGACGGACAGGUCCUGAACCCCCAGCCUGCAAUACGGAGCAGGGCAGAGGAGCCAAUGGGGAACGGGGUUCAGCUAGAGCCACAGAACCUCCACCUUAAGCUAAGAGUUGGCAUGCCCCAGUCAUUUGAGGUGAGGUUCAGGCGUGCAGAGGUUUAUCCCAUAGACCUGUACUACCUGAUGGACCUGUCUUUCUCCAUGAAAGAUGACCUGAAGAAUAUUAGGAACCUGGGACGGGAGGUGGCCACUGCCAUGAAGAACAUCACCAGUGCUCUCAGGAUAGGCUUUGGUUCCUUUGUGGAUAAGGUGGCGGUACCCUACGUCAGUACAGUGGAGGCCAAACUGGCCAACCCAUGCAUUGAGGGGUACAAGAACCCCUGCCAGCCUGCCUUCAGCUUCAAACAUGUACUGAAGCUCACUGAGGAUGUUGAAGAGUUUGAGAGAAAGGUGAGCAAGCAGAGCAUCUCCAGUAACCUAGACAACCCAGAGUCAGGCUUUGACGCCAUCAUGCAGGUGGCUGUCUGUCAGGAUGACAUUGGCUGGGGUAAUGCAACUCGUAUCCUGGUCUACACCUCAGACGAUAUCUUCCACCUGGCAGGUGAUGGGAAGCUUGCUGGGAUCUACCAACCUAACGACGGAAAAUGCCACCUGAAUAGCAAUGGGCUCUAUAAUAAGGACACCGUUUAUGACUAUCCCUCAGUUGGACACCUAUCUCAGGUCCUAUCAGCCAAUAACAUCAGGCUGAUCUUUGCAGUGACAGACCAGCAUAUUCAAAACUAUGAGGCACUCAGUGAGAUGAUCCCCCAGUCGGUGGUGGGCCUCCUGGAGGAUGACUCCAGCAACGUUGUUCAGCUCAUCUCUGAGGCCUGCAACAACCUAUUGUCCUCCAUCCUCCUGGAGCACCGUGACGUCCCACCAGGCCUGGGGGUCUCCUACAACUCCCACUGUGGUGAUGACAGGCUAGCUCAGGGGCAGGACAGAGGGGAGUGCAGUGAUGUCAGAACCAAUCAACAGGUCAAUUUCACAGUUACUGUGACCAGCUCGAGCUGUCUGUCCAAGACAGAGUCUUUCAUCAUCAAAGUGCAGGGUAUCAAUGAAGAGCUGAGGGUUACCGUGGAGACGCUGUGUGACUGUGACUGUCAGGACUCCGAGGAACAGUCAUCCCAGUGUCAUGGCAAUGGAACAUUCCACUGUGGUAUCUGUAGCUGUGAUUCAGGACACACAGGCCAGCGUUGUGAGUGUGAAACACAGCCGGACAAAGACACCAGUCUGGCCUUAGAGACCCUGUGUUCACCUGCACAGACAAACAGCACAGGCACACCACUGUGCAGCGGCCAUGGGAGCUGUGUGUGUGGCCAAUGUAUCUGCUGGGGCCAACACAGGGGCCAACACUGCCAGUGUGACGACAUUAGCUGUAACCGUCACAACAACAUGAUCUGUGGCGGUAAUGGGAGGUGUGACUGUGGUAACUGUGAGUGUUUCCACAACUACACAGGCCCUGCAUGUGAAUGCUCUACCCUCACAGAUCAGUGCCAGACCAGUAACGAUGGAAUCUGCUCUCACCGAGGACAGUGUGAAUGUAAUGAAUGCCAUUGUCACCCUGGUUUCUUUGGCAGCCACUGCACCAAGCCCCUGGCACCAUGUGACACAUACCGGGCCUGUGUUGCUUGCAUGUUACAUGAGUCAGCCAUAAACAUGUGUCACCAUCCCUGUGGCUCUGCCAAGCCUAUCCGCAUCAAUGGGACUCAAUCAUUCACCUGUCAGGAUGAUACUGUACGUUUUAAUGUGGAACUCCUCAUAAAUACUGGUGACAUCUUUGUCUACUACACAGAUACUCCAAGAGGGAUUGACCCAUGGAUUAUAAACAUGGGGAAGGCAGUGGUAGGAAUCGUUUUACUGGGUGUCAUCAUGAUAAUAAUUUACCGGCUGAUGUUAGAAGUGUCCUACCAGCGGGAGCGUAGAAGUUUCCUGAAGGAUAAGGAAAAUAUCUGCUGGGAAGACACUCAAAAUCCACUGUUCCAAGAGGCCAAGACAACAUUCACCAACCCCAUGCAAGUGUUGGAGCCAGAUGCAGAUUGUGCUACAUCAACCUUUGGAAAAUAAAACAAAUGUGAUGUGGUCUAUUAUGGCUCAGCUGAAUUGUUGUAGGAGAUAUGAUACUUGGUGGGAUUUUUAUGUGGCUGGAGAUUUUUUGUUGUUAAAUGUACAUGUGAAAGAACCCAAGGAAAGUGGUGUUCUACUUUGUGUAUGAAUAGUAGCUUUCAUAAUCCUGCCAAAAUGUAGAACAUCACAUCACACUAUAUCCAGUGAUCCUCUGAUAUAAAAUCAAUGGUUUGGAGACGUUAUAGCGACUCCCCCAAAAAUGUGUUGCCAUUCUUUGAUAAAACGUACAAAAUGUAUUGUAGCCUACAAUAAAAGUACAGUAUUUCAAG